AUGGCCGCCGAAGCCCACAGCGACGCCGUGCACGUCAUCAACAACCUAAAGGAGUUCAACGAGCUGGCCGCGGCCCACAAAUACCUCAUCCUCGACUUCACCGCAGUCUGGUGCCCGCCCUGCAAAAUCAUCAAGCCGAUCUUCGAGAGGCUCGCCAGAGAGCACACACCCCCUGGCGGCAAGGGCCCGUUGGCCUUCGCCACUGUUGACGUCGAUGAGGCAACCGAUGUGGCCCGCAAGUUUGAGGUGUCGGCCAUGCCGACGUUCAUCUUUGCCGUCAAUGGCGAGGCGACCGGUGUGGAUGUGCUUACGCAGGCCCCGCCGCUGGACGCGCCGUCGGUGCUGAAGGUGGAUGAUGGGUCGGGCCGGUUGAAGGCGAUUCAGGGCGCCAACCCGCCCGCAUUGUAUGAGGCUGUUAAACAGGUUGCGAAAUUGGCCAAGGCGGAAGGGGGCGCGGGAGCUGCUGAAGACGCUGGGUCUGUUGAGGUUACGGCGGAGGCUUAG